AUGGGGCUCUCGAUAUCGAAAGACGACGGUUUGCCUACCUUCUCAAGUAGCGUCUUGAGACUGGAGAUUUGCGGUCCAAAGGAGGAUCAUCUCAGUGUGAUCGAUGUGCCUGGUAUCUUCCGGAACACGACACCGGGAUUGACGACAAGAAAUGACAAGGUUUUGGUCCGAGACAUGGUUCAGGGAUAUAUGAGGAACCCUCGGUCGAUAAUGCUCACAGUUGUACCAGCAAAUGUUGAUAUUGCGACUCAAGAAAUUGUUGAAAUGGCUCGUGAGUUUGAUCCGGAUGGUGAUAGGACACUUGGCGUUAUCACCAAGCCAGAUCUAGUCGACAAAGGCGGAGAGGGUAAAGUCAUUGACCUUGUUGAGGGAAGAGAGAUGCAGAUGAAGCUGGGAUGGAUUAUCGUAAGAAACCUAGGACAAAAGGAGCUCGAAGAAGGCGAUGUGGAUCGGAAUGUAUUGGAAGCGGAGCUUCUUUCCCGACGCCCCUGGGAUACCGUCCCGCGAGACAAGUUUGGUAUCAAGGCGUUGCGUACUCACCUUCAAGAGACAGUAACUGCAAACGCACGACGAUCUUUUCCAUCUGUACGAUCUGAGAUAAGCAAGAAACUACGAGAAUGUCAAGAUGCCCUGCAGGCUCUUGGAGCAGAUCGAGAAACCCCGGAGCAGCAAGCCAGUUUCCUUUUUGGAAUAGUAUCAUCGUUCCAGGAAAUCACAUCUCAUGCGCUCGGCUCAAAUUAUAGCUUCCGGGAUGAUUUUGAUCAAGAGGAGGUUCUUCGUCUGGCCACCAGAGUUGUCAAUAGGAAUGAGAUGUUCUCCGACAACAUGGCUCGAUGGGGCCACGAGUAUGAAUUUGAGACCGAUGAGUCGCAGGAAUUGGACGAUCUUAGAGUUGAUAUCUCCAUCGAUAAUCCCACAGGAGGCUCUUUGGCAACACGAAUGCUUGAGGAUAUAUCUGGGAUCGAGGACAUUCUUCCGCAGGCAGUCGAAGUUGCACAGCCCGUUCGCAAUGACAUACGCUCAUGGAUAGAACGUCAAUACCGAACUUCACGAGGAUUCGAGAUUGGAACCUUCAACUCUGCGCUUCUCCCAACGAUUAUGAAAAAGCAGUCAACAAAAUGGACACCCAUCGCGACUGGGUAUAUUGGUGAUAUUAUCACCAUGGUUCAUGGGUUUAUUCUCAGGGCUUUGAAUUUAGCCUGCGCUGACACCAGGUCGACAGAAACGCACGAGCUCCGUGAUAGGGGAAAAGACGAUUAG